AUGGACCAAUCAUUGGGCCCAGGAGACGACGAGGUCCUGGAUGUUUUCGAACGAGCGCGACAACUGAGGAUAUGCCCCAAUCGAAUCUGGGCAGUUGCUGGAGAGAAGCUCCCACGAAUGAUACCGGAUCUGAAUUUGCUUCUUGCCGCAGAAAAUGGACUCGGCACAGCUCAGCAUACGGAAUGCACGCCAGACUUUUGCGAACAGGCCCAACGAGACUUUACGGGUAUUAAGCAACGCCACGAAUGUUCCGACAAGGCUCGAUCACGGUGCACCACAUCUAUGGCGGUCUCUUUCCCACGCUAUGCGUUGAAUAAAGCGGCCAUCGAGGAGAAGCCGACAGCCUGGGCGUUAAAUGGAGAGGCGAUUCUCCCGCCUCAUCUGCCGUACAUGGCGAUUUCGCACGUCUGGUCGGAUGGCACGGGAGCAGGGGCUUGGAAGGACGGGUUGGUCAAUGAAUGUCUGUAUAAGUUUUUCGAAGGUCUCGCAAUAAAGUUCGACUGCAAGGGUAUCUGGUGGGAUACCAUCUCGAUUCCGCGAGAAAAGGCAGCCAGGGCCCAAGCAAUCAAGAAGAUGCAUGAUAACUACGGACAGGCUCGGAUCACUCUCAUCCACGACUGUUUCCUACGGAACUGGCUGUGGGACCCGCGCACUGCGUGCUUUGGAAUCAUCAUGUCGCCUUGGUUCAGUCGUGGCUGGACUGCGUUGGAAUUGAUGAAGUCACGUAAAGUCAAAAUCAUCUUUAAAGGACGAUGGGGCCCAGUUAUCAAGGAUCUGGAUGAAGAGAUUCUCGCCAAACCAGAUGAGCCGGAUUGCUCGCUCAGAGAAGCCUCGUUGGUGAUUCGGAAUCUUCGACAGAAUAUCACCAAAUUAAACGACCUAUUAACCGUGCUGCGCUCUCGCUAUACAUCUUGGCCUAAAGACGUGGCGGUCAUCUCAGCCUUAUUAGUGGGUGUUCCAGUACAAGAGCACCAGCAAGAUAUCUUUAAAAGCAUUGUGCGAAAGUUCGGACGGAUCACUCCGGGGCAUCUCUUUCAUAAUGCAACCACCAUGUCAACUGCGUUUACCUGGUGCCCGGCCAAGUUGUUUGAUCUCCCGUUAGAUACCUCGGAACCGUCGUUGGAUAUUUCCGAGGAAGGUCAUGUCCGAGGAUCCUGGCGGGUAAUAGCCGUUCAGCCUGCAGUUGAAAAGCACAUAUGGUGGGAUAUUACGCACGCGCUGAUACGGCGACAGCUCCAACAUGCCCUCUUAGACAGCCAGAAUUGCCUUUUCUUGGCCGAGUUGGGGCCCAACCCCAUCAGAAGAGCCUUGCUUGUUCGAAAAACACAAGAGGCCGGGCACUAUCGAUACAUUGGGGCCGUGCAUUUCCAUUCAGAAUGGAGUGAAGAGUACCACGAGGUGGAAGAUAUUGUCACAAUCUCGAGUUUUCAGGAUGAAACGGAGUCGCAGAAAGACGAAUAUGGGAGCCAUGAUAUCGACCCGGUGGCUCAUGACUCUAAUGCUUCGCUCAGCGUAGCUGAUAAAUCCGAAAUUUUCCGACAAGCAAUCUGGACGGCCGAUUAUCAGACAUUCCUUAACUACAUGGAAAGGGAUAUUCUUGAGUUACCAGAUAAACUUGGUCGACGACCACUACAUCUUGCCGCAGAGCGAGGAGACAUCAAAGUUGUCGAUAACCUACUCUUACUUGGAGUUGACCACAACGCUCAGUGCGAUCAAGGACAGACAGCCUUACAUUACGCUGCAUGGGGAGGUUCGGUGGCGGUGGUCAGGCUGUUGAAAGACCGGAUAGAGCGAGCCACCAAGAAUAAAGAGGGCAAUACAGCGUUGCAUAUUGCAGCACAGAUGGGAUUUGCACCUGUUGUCGAAGUACUUGGGAAUAAACAUCUGGUAAACAUGGAAGGCAGUAACGGUCUGACACCUCUGCAUUAUGCGGCCAUUAACGGACACACCAGUGUUGUGGAAACAUUGACUGGGGGGGAUAUAGAACUUGAAGCUCGGGAUAAACUUAUUGGCUGGACACCCCUGCACUGUGCCAUUGACAAUGGCAAUCAAGAUAUCGUGGAAAGACUAGUCCGUCAUGGUGCGAAUGUCGAUGCCACGGAUAUCAAAGCCGGAUGGACCCCCCUCCAUCUCGCGGCCAUCCACGGAAACUUAGCACUGAUCCAGAUGCUACAGGCUGCGGGUGCUAACAUGAGAGUGAAAGAUAAUUUCAACUGGACGCCAUUCACUUUUGCACAAAUCAACGAGCAUGCCCAGGCGGCAGAGCUCCUUCCGGAUAGAGGGAGUCCCAGGAUCACCGAGAAGGCAAAAUUCUGGUCACCCCUGCACUGCCACGCCAUCAAUCGAGAACAAGGCUUGUCAAACCUCUUGAUUGGAAAAAAUGGCCACGACCUUCUGUAUGUAUCAGGCAAAAAUUGGAUGCCGUUAAAGUUUGCGGUGGAGCACGAUCUGGAAACCACCGCUCGGUGGCUCUUGAAUACGAGGUCCAGUUGGCCGAUUGAGUACGACAACGAUACUCCUCGACGCUGGCACAAGAAAUACGGAAGCUUUAGUAAACCUGACCCAGAUUUGGAUGAGAAUGCGAGUAACAAAAACCCUAAGAGCGACCACAACGAUGUUUUGGCUCAUCUCCGCACAAGCGGCGCUCGGCCCAAUGGACCCUGGACCCCCAUGCACUGGGGUGCCCAAAACAGCUACGCUGUUGUGUUGCGCAUUCUAGUCGAGAGGAAAGAAGACGUUAACGCCGAUGGACCGGAUUCUUGGACACCUCUGCACUUUGCUGCUUAUUCCGGACACGUAAUGGCCACCCGGCUGUUACUCGCAGCUAGGGCUCGCAAGGAUCUGAAAGUCAAGUCCGGGGCGACCCCUUUGACUAUGGCGGCCGCAGAAGGGCAUAUAGAGGUGGUGCGAAUACUGCUAGAAGUCGGCGCGCGUUACGACGAGAAGGCCGACUGUGGUAAAACGCCACUUGCAUUCGCUGCUGAGAACGGGCACGCAGGGGUGGCGAGACUUCUACUCCUAGCUGGAGCUGCUAUCGAUACGACAGACGUUGCAGGGCAAACUCCGCUUCUACAUGCCUGCAAAAAAGGAUUUGUGUUCACCGUCCUAUUCCUGAUUAAAGCAGGAGCUGGUAUGGAGUUUGCAGACAGGGAAGGGUUGCCUCCUAUUUGUGUCGCUGCUCGCUACGGGUUCAAGGAGAUUGUCCAGCUGAUGAUUGAUCAUGGUGCUAAUGUCGACACGCGCGACAUGAACUGGCGUACACCGCUCAUGCAUGCUGCCACGUAUGGACGAGUGGAAAUUAUGCAGCUCCUCCUUGAUGCUGGCGCAAAGUUGGACCUUCAAGACAGCCAAGGCCGCAGAGCAAUACAUUGGACUGCUGCGACUUUCACUAUCGGCUUUUAUGACGACAAAUAUCAUGAGCGUGAUGAACAUUUGAUGGACCGCAACUUUCGCAAUUACUAUGGCAAAUCCAAAUAUGACUCCGAAGAACCCACCGAAGAACAGUCUGGUGAAAAUUCCGGUGCAGAGUCCGAUGAAGAGCUCGAUAAAACUGAGAUGAUCUCCGCUCUCCCCGAAAACGCAAAGAAAGGAUAUCCUCCAGCCUUGUGGGAGUCCCUCGUGCCAGCUGUGCGACUCCUUCUUGAUGCCGGCGAGGCGGUUGACAGCAAGGGCCAAAAGGAGUCGACCCCCUUAUACCUGGCUUGCAUGAUCGGUCACAAAGAAAUGGUGCAACUUCUUAUCGACCGCGGUGCCGAUGUUAAUUCCAGGGACAGGCACUCUGGAACCCCGCUGAUGGUGGCUGGUAUGUGGGAGCACCAUGAAAUCUGGCAAAUUUUACUUGAUAAUGGUGCCCGCGAAAAUCUCAAGAGUAUUACUGGAUUUACGGCGCGUGAUGUGUAUGGCGCGGGACCGAAAGAAAGAGAGUCAGAUUUCAGUACCGAGGACAACCUCUUCAUAGAGCAGCUACGAAAGAAACAGGCUAGGACAAAUACGAACGGAGAGCGUUCCGAGCCGUGGCACAAGCGCAGGGCACUGGAUGUGCAAAUCGCGGCUGAAAAAAUCAAAUAUCCUCUUCGUUUCGGGUAUGUUUCACCGUUAUAG